CUAAGUGCUAGUGGCGGGCGCUGAAAGAUUGUGGGUAAAAGCGUAGCGGGCGCCGGCGGUGCUGCGGCUGCGUUGUGUAAUACGCACAAAAAGUGAAAAUUGUUUUUAAACCUUGAAAUUUAAUUUUGUCAAAUUUCAAACAACUCUCACACUCUACACCUAAUCUCUCUCUCUCUCUUGCUUUCUCUCGUUCUAUGUGAUCGAUCCAAAGGGCAAAAGCUUCGGCUGGAUGUCCAUGGAAUUGUUCUCUGUUAAGAUUACCGUCUUUGGUUGAGGGCAAAUUCCAUGGGCAAAUUGCAGUUGCAAGCUCCAGUUUCAGCCUGAAAUCCCAACUUCACACAGGGGGUUUUAGGGUUUUCUUUUUCGUUUCGAAGAAUGCCGGCGCACGGAUCCAAAUCCGAGAAGCAAGAUGCUGCGGUGUUGCACCGUCGAGAUCCGUAUGAGGUACUCGGUGUCUCCAGGAACUCCACCGAUCAGGAAAUCAAAAGCGCUUACAGAAAAAUGGCUCUCAAGUAUCAUCCGGAUAAGAAUUCAAAUGAUCCCAAGGCUGCAGAUAUGUUUAAGGAGGUCACUUUUUCUUACACCAUCUUGUCAGAUCCAGAUAAACGACGACAAUAUGAUGCUGCUGGAUUUGAGGCUGUUGAAACAGAAAGCCAAGAAUUGGAGCUAGAUCUUUCAAGUUUGGGGGCGGUGAACACCAUGUUUGCUGCCCUUUUUAGCAAGCUUGGUGUGCCAAUUAAAACUACUGUAUCAGCAACAGUUUUGGAAGAGGCGCUUAAUGGGGUUGUGACUGUUCAUCCACUUUCAUUGGGCACGCCUAUUUCUAAGAAGGUUGAGAAACAAUGUGCUCACUUUUACUCUGUUAUGAUAACUGAAGAGGAAACACAGGGCGGACUUGUUUGCAGAGUUCAAUCACCUGAUAAAAGCAAAUUUAAGUUACUGUAUUUUGAUCGGGAAGAAACUGGUGGACUAAACCUUGCUUUACAGGAGGAGAGUACGAAAGUAGGAAAAGUAACAUCUGCAGGAAUGUAUUUUCUUGGUUUCCCUGUCUAUCGGUUGGACCCAACAAUGAACUCGAUGGCCGCCGCUAAGGAUCCGGAUGCUGCCUUUUUUAAAAAACUAGAUGGGUUCCAGCCAUGUGAAAUAACUGAGUUGAAGGCUGGGACUCAUGUCUUUGCGGUCUAUGGUGACAACUUUUUUAAAAGCGUGAGCUACACAAUCGAAGCCUUCUCUGCCGCAUCUUUUGCUGAAGAGAAGGAAAAUCUUAGAGCCGUGGAAGCUCUAAUUUUGACAAAAAGGGUGGAAAUAUCCAAAUUUGAAACAGAAUAUCGUGAGGUACUAGCACAAUUUACAGAGAUGACUGGCAGAUACACUCAAGAAAUGCAAGUGAUUGAUGAUCUUCUCAAACAGAGAAAUGAAAUUCAUGCCUCGUACACAACUGGUCCUCCAAUGAAACGGAGUAGGAGCCGAAUUAGGGGUUCGUUUAAGGAAGCAAAGGAAGACAGCCAAAUAAGGGAGAGGAAAUCUACAAGGGAUAGGCCUAAGAAGAAAAAAUGGUUCAAUAUCCAUUUAAAGGUUGAUAAAAGAAAAUCUUGUUAAAAGAGGUUGAGAAUCAUGAAAGUAUGUUUCUAUCCAGCAUUCGCUACUGUCAUGUGUUAUGGCCUUCCUCGACACUUUACUCACCUUCAAUAUUGCAGGGAAGGUGAAUCUUUUCCCCAAACGUAAAUUUUUUGGUUGCAUUCAGAUCGAUUGGUAUCUAAUCGGAGCAAAUACGGGAGUGAGUAAUAGCCACACCAGAGUGCUAAAUCACUGAUGAGUGUGGCCCUAAACCACAUGGGCAUGCUGUGAAUGACAACUUGUCUACAAAGAUUCUUUCAGUUGUUGGAUCCUUUCUCCAGCUAAAGGCAUGCAUGUAAAUUGUAUAAUUUAUUUAUGAAAUCCGAUCGCUAAACUGCUGUAUGUGUCAUAUAAUUAAGUUUUGUGAAUAGCAAUAUUAGCUGGAUUUCGUACGACGACCCGAGGCUGAGUUGCAUUCAUGUAGCUCAAUGUGCUCUUGUGAAUGUUAAUGUUUAUUUUUAGUGUGGCCAGGCUUGUGAUGAAGGUAUUCAUCGACCUCGGAUUCUCUCGCCGAGGCCAGUAGCCGAGUUGCAGGAUGUUUCAAAUCACGUGCCAAUCUUGGCCAGAAUGGCUGUUUGAUUUGGCAUGUAAGCGUGGAAACGAGAGUUAUUUUAAUAGUUGAACUGUUAAUCCAUUUGGUGUUUAUCUUUCAUAUCUAAAUUGGUUCAUUUUUUGUAUCCAA